AUGUACUGCGCAGAAUGCGGGCAUCCUCUUCCCGAUAUCCGUGACGACAAUACAACAUGCAGCAAAUGUAAAACGCGCCUGGGCACCUGGUGGGACGAAUCUUCGAAAACGAUGCGCACGAACCGCGAAGCUUUCGUACCGACAAACAUGAUGAGCGAAAUCAUGGGCGGCAGAAGCCAUUUCGAAAUCAACAAGAAGGUUUCUGAAAGGACAAAUACUUAUGGAUUGGAAGAGAGAGGGUUCCUCGCUACUCUGACCAUGUUGGAAAUGCGAUGGGGACCUGGGGGCGGAGCGGGCUUGGGAAGGAAAACCAUGGAGGGCUUGGGGAAAAUGAUUAGGAGUACACUCGAUAUGUCGCUUUCCCGCGGCGAGGUACGCGAGGCGCUUGCGAAAAAUGUCGAUAUCUGGAUGCGUCUGCAGCGGAUAUUUUAUCUGGCUGUCCCCAUCCUGGUCUCGCGGUCGCUGCGCGAAUCGUAUUCGGAACAGGGAGUUCCUGCGGGACCGGACGUGUCGGAGAGUGUGGCGCUCAUUCUGAAGAAUUUUGAAGUGCUGACGGAGGAUUUGGGAUAUUUGAAUAAUUUGCUCGUGGUAAGUCGCAAUAUGCUGGCGGUGAAGGAGACGGCGCAGGAGAUUUGUAGAGCGGUGGGCUUGGAUAAGCAGGUUCAUAAGUUGAUUAUUCUGUGUGUGAAUGUGACGAGUAAGGGGUAUGAUGGGGAGAAUGUGGAUGAUAAUAGUAGGGGGAGGUUGAAUGAGGUGACGGAACUUUAUAAAAAACUUCUGGUCACUUGCUUACAACAUACGCACAAUUGGACUAUGGGUAAUGAUAGAUUCAAGAUGUCGUUUUGGUUCGAUAUGCUUUUCGAUAAUGAUUUGCAUAAUGAUCCAGUUCACGAACUUCCUCCGGAUGAUUUGAAUGUGGAAAAGGUUUAUCAUGAGGUUAGAAAUUGGUUGACUCGACAUUCGGCAGAUCAGGAUGAGACAGCCAAGGAACUUCUGGAGAAAUACGCCGCGGAAGCUGACAUGGAUUGCACACCUGGACCGUUACCACAAAUUGACGAAUUUACUGUGACUGAUGCGGAUAAGGAAGAUGAUCCGGAAGAAACGACACCGGUUUGGAAACCUGAAUUGACGGAUAAAUAUGAGCAAGAUCGAAUUUACGCCCGUGUAUCACAUGAAAUUGAUAUUUGGUGGAAGCGCCAAAGAGAUCAGAAUUAUGAAGGAUGGGUAGUGAAGAUGGUCACUGUGGAAGAUGCGAUCAAGCGUGCGGAGGCUUGUAAAGAAACUGCCAUGGAAAGAUUUCUUCCUCAACGAGCUUUCCAGGAUCAGGAUGCUUAUGAUCAGGAUGAACAGUUGGAGGAACCACCUCUACACGAUGAGAUUGAUGGUGAUACUCGAUCCAUGGAUGGUCAUGAUGGUGAAGAUGAUGGCGAAGAAGAGGAAGAAGAAGAUGAUGAUGAGUCUUAUGCGGAAGGACCAUUGAGAGGUCUUUUGACCGAAAUUCCUAACAUUCUCGAUACGAAACAAAUCGAGGCUCUUCAUAUGACUGUCAAAGCUUGCAUUGUCGAUUCAAUGGGUUCAGGACUUACACCAGCUGGCGAGAAUCUUCAAAAGACACGGUGCAAAAUGUUUUUGGCUUUGGAUUGUGGCAAAAAUCUCCUUCGUGAAAUGUUGGUUUUUAUCGCUGUUUGGGAACAAACUGAUCAACAUUUCAUUUUCCAAAUUACUGCUCAAAUUAUCGAGUCUUUCCAUCACAAUGCUUUAUUGCCAUAUGCUUGGAGCUCGCUGAGGAUUAUGAAGGAUAUUGUAUCGCCAGCACAAACUGUUCUUUUACGUCUUAUCAACUAUAUGUUCCGCGCUCGAAAGGAUAGUCCUAUCUACGACGAUCUAAGAGAUUACAACAGAGAUGCAAAACUGAUUCAUUUUCUCUUUACGUAUUUCCGUACACGAGUCGUACCUGAUUGUAUCGCCCUUAUUCACGCGCAAGCUCAAAUUCGAACUAAGAAUAGCGAUCCCAAUGAUUUCCCAGUCGAUUUAUGGGAUAUGGAACGUGCCAAAGAUGGACUCUCGCAAUAUCUCGAUUUUAUAUCUGUCAUUGCCGAAAUACCAGAGAUGCGACCACUUCUCAUUGAAUGGGAAGCAGUCUAUGAACUUAUCGCUCUUCUUAGAGCUCUUGAUUUAGGUGUUGCCAAAAAGAAUCUUUCGGAACAACCAUUACCAAAUCGGCGACAAGCACCUGUUCCUCAACAAGGAGGAGGUAUUCAAGCAACUGAACGACCAUAUGAAAGUCCCACGUCGCAAAAUGCACCACAAUUCCCAGGACAAGGACAAUCUCUUCCUCCUCUUCAUGACACACCACAUAAAUUCCCUUGGUCGGGUAUUAAAAUUCAAAUACUUAUCAUUCUUACUUCGCUUGUGGCACCCAAUAAUCCGCGCAGACAAGGACCGGGAAAUCCAAUUGUACAAAAACAAUUACUUAAUCAGGAUGGAAUCAUGCCAUUACUGAAUUGUUGUGUUUAUGAUGGACAUAAUGAGUAUUUGAAGGAGAGAGCAACGCUGGCAUUGAAAUAUGUUAUGGAAGGUUGUGAGGAGGCGCAGAAAUGGGUUAAGGAUUUGGUACCGGCUGGGAAACAGAGGGCGGCAGCGGGUGCGGGUGCGAAUGGUGCACAGGGAAAUGGGAACGUGAAUGGAAGUGGAAGUGGGAGUUUGCGGGCAGGAGGAGGUGUCCCGGCAACUGCGAGCGGAGCGUCUAAUGGAAUGCAUAUGCAAAUGUCGGUGGGGAAUGGUAUUGAUGUGGAUCCGACGUUGCAGUUGGAAAAGUUGAGGUUGCAGGAGAGGGUUAGGAUUGCGGAGCAGAAGGCUAGGGAGAUGAGGGGGAAGGAGAAUGGUCAGGGGGAUGCCAAUCGUAACCAUGAUCAUCAACCUAUCAAUUGGUCGCCACGAGUCCGUCAAUCUGUAGAUGAUCAUCACCCUACCAAUUGGUCGCCACGCGUCCGCCAAUCUGUAGAUGAUCGUAAUUCUGGAUAUGGCGCUGGGGAGCCUAUAGUAUCUUGGAACCAUCGAGAUGAUCGUGGACAUGGCCGUAAAGAUGAACGUCGGGAUGACCGUCGAAAUAGAGAUAGGGAUUAUCGACAUUCUAAAUCUACCGCUGGGAAGACUCGAACUUAUCGUCAAGAUGAAGAUGAAUAUCGAGAUGAUCGACACAAUCGUCAAGGUACACAUCGAAAUAGAGAUGAAGAUGUUCGUCAUCCAGAAGAUACUGAAGCCCCUCGAGAACGUCGUCGAGAUGAACGUGACCAUGAAGAUAAACAUCGACACAAACAUCGAGACAAAGAUCGAAAUUAUAAUCAAUAUAGAGAUGACGGUGGAGAUGAACUUCAUAAGGACCGUCCAAACCAUCGUCGAUCAGGUCGUCACUCUCAACGUGAAAAUGACUCUAAAAAUAGAGAUCGAGAACAUGGUCAAUCUAAACCGAUAGAUGAACCUCGACAUUCAUCUGGAGAUGAAUAUGAAAGUCAAAAUGAUUGUCGAGAUGAACGUCAAAGACCUCGUAGACGUAGAUGCUCAUCUAUAGAUGAACAUCGCCGCCAUCGUCGAAGUAAAAAGCCCCUAACUCCUUUUGAUUUCAAGGGAUUACAUCCUAGAGAUUACCCUGCCUCGACUCCUCCUCCUCCACCCUUCAUCUCUCCUUAA